CAGAACGUUCGGUCGCUCUUUCACUUCCGACAUUUUGAGAAGUAAACGUGUUUGUGUUCGCACGUGCUUUUUAAGCAAAAAAUAUGGAUAAACCAGUCGUUUUGGCCCGUGUAAUGAAAGUAUUGGGACGUACCGGAUCCCAGGGACAGUGUACCCAAGUAAAGGUAGAAUUCAUCGGCGAACAGAACCGUCAGAUCAUCCGUAACGUAAAAGGACCAGUCAGAGAAGGUGAUAUCCUCACACUCCUGGAAUCUGAACGUGAAGCCAGAAGAUUAAGAUAGAUGUACUUUAGGAUUUUUACGUUAUAAAACAAAAAAUGGAUGAUGUGGUUUAUUUAUUCGGACGUUUGACGAUGUAAAGACCUUUGCUAUGAAAUAAACCGUUACAUUCA